CAGCGCUCAGGAAGCAGCAGCAAGUCCGCAGGAUGAAGCCCACAGUCCUUCACCUGCGCCUUCUCCCUCCAAGGAUGGCGAGGGUGCUGCUCAUCUCCUGGACCAGCUGCCUCCUCGUCCUAAACCACGCCUACAUCAUCCACCGCUGCGAGUUGGCCAAGGUGCUGCAUGAGCAGGAGCUGGAAGGCUUUGAGGGCUUCUCCCUGAGUGACUGGCUGUGCCUGGCUUUUGUGGAAAGCAAAUUCAACACUUCAAAGGUGAAUGAAAACGCAGACGGCAGCUAUGACUAUGGCAUCUUCCAAAUCAACAGCCACUUUUGGUGCAAUGAUUAUCACAGUCACUCGGAGAACUUAUGCAACGAAGACUGUCAAGAAAUGCUCAACUCCAACCUGCUCUCAUCCAUCAACUGCGCCAAGAAGAUUGUGUCUGAGCCAAGGGGCAUGAAGAACUGGGUGGAGUGGAGGCUGCACUGUGCGGGCCGCCCACUCUCCUACUGGAUAACAGGAUGCCACCUGCUCUGAACCAUCCCCGGACUCCCGUUUUCACAUCUUUCUCCUCUUGCCACCACUUCAUCGUCUCCUUGUCAUUUCCCACUUACAAAUAACACCACCCCGAGCCCCAGGAAUAAAUAGCUGCCUUGGGGUUCCUCCGUGCUCCCAUCAGGCUGGGUCCCCUGGUUUCUGACUGUCAUUUGUAAAUCAAGUGGACUACAAUAAAGAUAUUUCUAUGUU